AUGAGCUUCGGUUUCGGAAUAGGGGACAUCCUCGCUGUGAUUGAGCUUGCCAAAAAUUUACGAAAGGACUUUAUCAAUGCACCCAGACAAUUCCAGGAUAUUUCUACCGACAAGAUAUUGAACGACAUAAAAACGAACGCAGGUCAAUUUUAUGAGCGACAGGAUAUUAGAGAACUUAAUAUCGAAUCUUCAAAAAUUAUUGAUUGGCUCACUCCAAUCAAUUAUGCUCCUCAACAGCAGGACUAUAUUAAUCAGAGACAACCAGGAACAGGAGAGUGGCUUCUAGACUCGCCCGAAUUCAGACAAUGGGUAGAGUCGGACGUGCAGAGAUUAUUUUGCCCAGGCAUUCCUGGCGCUGGAAAGACAAUGCUUACAUCAAUUGUAGUUGAGGAACUUACGAAUCGCUUUGGAAACGAUAAAAGUGUUGGUAUUGCAUAUUUUCUGUCGCUGCUCGCUAUUCCAAAAUUCUCAUCAUUGUGGAUGCGCUUGAUGAAUAUUCAAUGGCCGAUGGCAGCCGAGAGAGGUUUCUAUCGGAACUUUUCAAUCAUCGAAAAACACACCAAAUUAGCCCUUUCGUGGCUUCAAGAUAUGUUCCUGAAAUUAGAAACAAGUUUAAUGACUCUCAUGUUGGAAAUUCGAGCAAGCGAUCAAGAUGUGAAGAGAUAUUUAGAUGGUCAUAUUUCGCAACUACCUGGAUAUGUGCUUCGGAACUCGGAGCUACAAGAUGGGAUCAAGAGUCAUAUUAUUAAAGCGGUGGAUGGAAUGUUUUUGCUUGCACGACUACACCUUCAAUCCUUAAGAGGCAAAAAAUCUCCAAAGGCCAUCCAGCAGGCUUUGAAAAGUCUCCCAACUGGAUCCAAUGCGUACGACUAUGCAUACAAAGACGCUAUGGAGAGAAUUGGAGGUCAACUUGAAGAUGAAAGGGAGCUUGCCAAGCAGGUCCUUUCGUGGAUUACCUGUGCAAGAAGGCCUCUCACAACGACAGAACUUCAAGAAGCUCUUGCAGUGGAGAUAUAUGAGCCAGAGCUUGAUAAAGAAAACUUUUCGGAAAUCAAUGCAAUGAUUUCGGUGUGUGCUGGGCUGGUGAUUGUGGAUGAUGAAAGUGAUGUUGUCCGCCUAGUUCAUUAUACGACACAGGAAUACUUUGAGAGGACACAAGGCGAUUGGUUUCCGGAUGCAGAGGACUAUAUCACGACAACCUGCAUCACCUAUCUUUCAUUUGACAGUCUUGAAAACUGCUUUUGUGAAAUGGACAGAGGGAUUAUGGGUCGAAUAAACUGGAGGUUUAUGGAUCAAGUACAAUCAUAUGAAUUGUUUAGUUACGCCGCGGAUAAUUGGAGGCACCAUGCUCGUAAGGCCUCACUUUCGGAUCAAACGUCAACAUUAUACCAGUCAAUUGUAAGAUUUCUGGAAAGCGAAGCCAAGGUCAAUGCGUCAUGGCAAGGAUUGUCAGCAGUGCUGGAUCAUUGGGUAGAAUGGGAUCCUCCUGUGGAAAUCACAGCAAUGCAUUUAGUAGCAUACUUUGGGAUCGACACUACUGUAAAAUUCCUGCUUGAUAUGGGGGAGGUAGACCCGGAUGCAAAUCAUGAGCCAGAAAAUGACAAUUCAAAUGCAGAUGAACAUGAAGACGAUAUUUGGCACACGGAUCGAAAAGGCGCCCUUGCUCGUACUCCACUUUCGUAUGCUGCUGAGAAUGGGCAUACCAUGGUGGUUAAGCUCUUGCUUGACACAGACAAAGUCGAUAUCAAUUCGGGGAUUCAUGAGCGUCGUCCGACGCCACUCUCGUAUGCUAUCAUUGAACGGCAUGAGGCAGUAGUAAAGCUCCUGCUUGACACAGGCAAGGUCGAAAUCGAUCAGUACAAUAGCGUCGAUGGUCAAACUCCAUUAUCAUACGCUGCAAAGCAUGGAUAUGAAUCAAUAGUCAAACUAUUGCUCGAUACAGGCAAGCUUACAGUCGAUUGUCAUGAUAUUCUUGACAAAACGCCAUUCUCAUAUGCUGCUGAGAAUGGACAUGAAUCAAUAGUCAGGCUCUUGUUCAACACGGGAAAAGUCAGUGUUGAUCUACAGGAUUUUUUCAACCUUCAAGCACCACUUUUAUAUGCUGCUGAGUAUGGGCACGAAGCAAUAGUUAAGUUUUUGCUCGAAACAGUUAAGGCUCAAAUCGAUUUGCCUGAUCGCGAUGGCCAAACACUACUCUGA